AUGGACACAGUGAGGGCAUUCUUGGAUGAGUACGCACCAGAAAGGAGUGUUUUCUCUAGAAUGAUUGAUCUAGAAAUGGAAGUGGACAAGGCAAGGAGGAUCAUGGCCCAUUGGAUGUACUUAGAGUCAUUAGGGUGCAAAGAUUUUCUCAAGAAUCUAUCAUCUCAUGACGAUGAUUUCAUUUUGCUACUCUAUGGGGAGGCUGAGUCGGCCUUGGCAACCCUUGAACCCGAUUCAGUAACACCCAUUUCGUCCACCUCCCCGAGGACUUUCCAACUUGCAAACCUUAGUUCCUCUAUCUAUGAGAUUGUUGAGGAUAAAGAGAGAGUCUCCAGAGGGGUGUCUUACUUCUAUGAGGGUGUUUGCAGUGUGAUUUUUGAGGAUAUUUUGGAGGAGAGAGGUUUGAGGGGUGGGAAUGAGAAUGUUGAAGGAGAGAAAGAAUGGAUUGAAAAAAUAAAAAGGGUUUUCAGUAAGGGUACUAGUAAAAAAGGGGGGGCUAUGGUGGUGCCCAGUGGUGGUGACACCGAGUCUAGUGGCUUGGGGACAGACGCAGAAGGUGGUGAUAACCCUAAAAUGGAGGGGUCAGGGUUCAAACUGAACCCUAAUGCAAGGGAAUGGUACCCUCCUCCGAGUGAUGGUACCGAUGAGGAAAGCCGGUGUUUGUACAUCACCUUCUCAAACGGCUAUCCUCUUUCCGAGAAUCAAAUUUACUUAUUUUUUUCAUCCAUGGAAUUUGGGCAGUACGUGGAGAAGAUAUAUAUACACAAACCAAGAGACAGUGUUCCAUUGUUUGGGAAGAUCACUUUCAAAGCUUCAUUCGUGCCUGCUGCCAUUCUCAACGGUCGAGAUGAAGUCAGGUUCACUGUUUUUGGAAGGACUAUUUGGUGCAAGAAAUACAAUCGCAGCAAUCGUGGCCGUUAG